CCGAGUCUUCUGUCCGACUUCGAUACUCUCGCCGUACGUUACGUGUGGAAUAGAAACGUCUUUUAGUUUGUGAAGAACUCAUAUUUUUAACGUUUCCGAAAGACUGACUAUAACCAUGGACGUGCGAUAUUUUAGAAAGAUAACUUCAUUUGAAAUUAACCCAGAGUAGAAUCUUCGCUUCACAAAAAAUAAUGGCCUAUAGUGACACGCAACCGUCUUGCUUAAACAAGUAAGAAUUUGAAUAGCCAGAGCAAGAUAUUGCGAACAUUAUAGUCCUUAUAUAGGUCGUGUCUACAUUCAACUUAAUGACUCCCGCGAGUUCGUGCUUUCCACAUGUAGAACUACAAACUUAUCCACAUAAUGAUAUAGACAGCGGCGAAGCAGGUAGUAGUAGCUUUUAUCAUGUAUUUUCAUGCAUCUAACGUAAACCGACAGUUGGGGAGCCAGCGGGUACAUUCCAAUACGACGUACGGAGCUGCUUGCUACGUAAAAACUGUUGUUAGUAUACGCUGUGGUGACCUCUACAAAAACAUCAUAUAAUUUGCUCGAUCACUGCGUUACGCCUGCGAUUGACAAGAUUGAUCGAAGCAUUUAUAUAUGGUGUACACUGCUACGAAAUCUUAACCAUCGAAGCCAGCUUCAACGGAUGAACACGCCUUCUCAAUGAUUGUGCUGAAAUCCAUCUUACCGUUGUGUUUCACAAUCUUAAUAGGACUUAUAUGUCGGACUAUAAAAGCGAGAAAGUCCUCGCUGUGCUACCGUUUAACUUCUCCGUCCACUACAGUUUCCGGCUAAACUAGAAUCUUGAUACGAGCAUCCUGUUUCGGGCCACUAUUAGCUAUGUUAAAUGUGGUGGUGUUUGCGGUGAAAUGGUUAUCAUGGUGGAACGGAAAGGUGCCUGAGCCCGUAGGGGCAAAGAGGGGGCCGGAGCAGACGGGCCCCGAGGCCACGAUGCCGGAGGGCCCGGAGCUUUGCAGCGGUGGCGGAGCCGGCGGCGGCGGCGGGAGCGCCGGUAACGGGAAUGGCAGCGUUGAUGGGGAUCUUCGCGCUCGGUGCGUCGCGCUUGAGAAAGCUUACGUACACGAAGUUUACCGUCAGCUGUCUGCUAAUAAUAACAACAUCUCCCAGACGGCUGGCCCCGGCGCUGGUACGAUCACUGCGUCAGCACCUGCGCCUAAACUUCUUGCCAAUGUGACGGCGUUCCUCAGCGAGCUGGAGCCGACGAGUGUUGUCGCUGACGUCGGCUGCGGACCGGGCAGAUACCUAUCGUGUAGGCCCGACCUGGCCGUCAUCGGCGUCGACGCCUGCUGGGGUAUGGCGGAGCAGUGCCGUCAGCGAGCAAGGAUGGGCUCGCACGACGCUUUGUGCGCCGAUAACCUUCGUUUGCCUCUGCGAGAUGAAACAUUUGACGCCGUACUGUCCGUUGCAGUUGUCCACCAUUUUGCGUCGAAGGAGCGACGGAUCGAGGCACUUCGUGAGCUCGCUCGAAUUACCCGCAUUGGUGGCCGGGUAUUGAUCACCGUCUGGGCGAUGGAUAGUUGGCAAUCGCAGUCGGAUGCCGUGGGUCGCCGUUUUGAGUCGCAAGACAUUCUCGUGCCUUAUCGACAGCCCUCCAUCUGUCCUGCGUGCCAUCACAACAGUUCACAGCAACACAGUAAUAACUACGUCCAAACCGCCCUACUCAAUAAUCUAGCUGGCUCCGCGUACAGUGCAAAUGGUAGCUCUACCAGAUUGCAGAAGCAGUUACGGAGAUCGUGCGCGGUCAGUUAUAGCACGGCCACCUCCGAAGACGACUGCCAAUCUGAGCGAGAUUGCAGCUUCUUCAAUAGGCCGAGACUACGCCGGUGGGUGUUCACGCGUGGCCGAAGCCUUGAGGACAGCUGCAGCUCUGAUCAAUCCAGUCCCUCCGAUACGUGUUACACAUUCGUUCGCAGGGCAGUACAGCGCCUGUCCUCGGCGUCAUCUAGCGAAAGCCGCCGUAGUUACUUUCAUAAGGUGUGUCGUCGACCCUGGCUAACGGAUUCGACCGAUUCCGGCACGGGUAUCAACGUCUCACUUUCGUCUGCCGAGCGUAUGAGCGAAAGUCCAGAUCUUUUUGAGGAGGAAGCCCACUCGGAGCGGCACGAUGUAUCUAAAAGUGAAAGCUUCGAUUCGGACGACCUCUGCGAAGAUGACGGUUUUAUCGAGCUGCGCAACCUUGACCCAGAAUCGCCGGAAGAAGAGUAUACUAGGGGUAAGGACCCCAAAGACCGGAUAUCUCCGUUGCCGCCUACCGGUGGUCUAAAGCAUCGUUCGCGCUCGUUGGGUGAUAUGUUUAGUAUGAUUCCGUCACUAUUAGUGAGGUCUCGCCGUCGACGUUCAGCACGAAACGUCGACUUGCAGAAGCGAGCAUCCACAGUUAGUGAUCCACGUGAGUACCUGUUGCGCUCCAAAGACAAGACGUUUGUUUCUCGGUCGUCCUCAACCACAUCGGAAGGAUUCAUGCGCUUCGAUUACUUUAGGUUUAUGAAAGGACUCAGUCCGGAGAGUAGCAUAAACGGCAAUAGCAGCCCUACGCCGAUCGUCGAAGAGAGACUGGAAGCGACUGAGGAAAGUGAGCCAUUGCUCCGAGUGUCAGAUGAAGAAAGCCUUAAUGCCGUCAGCCCUCCACCCCUCUGGUGGAUGCUCGAUAUGCAGGAGCCUAUGCCAGCAGUCGAGAUAGGGUUCCCAGCGACAUCCGCUGCUUCUGAUGUGAGUCAAAGCUUUACAACACUCGAAAAUCCUAUCAGCCAAACUGCCGAAGCUGCCCGCGCCGGCCCUAAUUCAGCGAUCGCGAAAGUAGCUAUUGGAGCGCACCAUCCGUUAGGCGUUAGUGGCAUAGUGGAGCCUGCUAGCACAGCUGUCACCAUGGUGUCAGCAGCCGCAAGUGGCGGCAAUGUUGGUAUCAGUAGUAACGCUGGCAGCGGGGCUUCUUUUGGUGGCGUCACCGGCCGACGUUCGGGGGAGCGGGGAAAAGGUCAACGCCAGUACGCACAUGAGUUCAGUUGCACGGGCCCCGCGCCGACUAAAUUACUCGCCUCGAAACAUCAGGUGCAGCAUUGCCAGGAACAACUCCAAAAGCAGCAGCAACUAGCCUUAGCGGUGGACCCAGCAACAGAAGCAGCGACACUAGUAGUCCACUCGAUACAGACAACAUCACCGCCUAUCAGAGGCGUGACACAGGCCCAAGUGAAUCAGCCGCAUAUAGAUCUAGCUAGUCGCCGUAGAUUGAAGUUUCAAGGAACCCGGCUUCAGGAAAAAGCCCUUCGAAACCGGUUCACCAAGAAAAGUUCGUUCGAUAAGCUGCUUCGAAGACGCAGCAUAGCCAGAAGUUAUUUCUCAAUGCCUAAUCUUAACGUAUUUUCGGCGGCGUUCAACGAGCGUUCGCCGGCGAGUCAUCUUCGUGUUUUGUUGAAGAGACCGCCAGCGCCAGACCUUUCAGAGCUGGAACUCAAGCUCGGUAUCAUCGACGAACACGGCAACCUAAAAAACCCAUUGCGACCAGCCGAACACGGGGGGUCGAUUUCAUCGCACGUCCCACCAUGGCUUCCAACUAAACAAGGUCAGAGCAUCGAAGUAGGGGCCGGCGUGGGAGCUUGCGUCGCCGGUGGAUCAAUUGGCGGGAUGUACGGAGGUGCAUUUGGUUUACCAUUCAGUGCACUACCUUGUCUGCGGUCCGCGCUUAACCGCCGGUAUUCUCUUUCAACUGUCCAGGGGAAUUCUAUUAGCUUUGUGCCAGGGAUUCCAUCGAGAAGUUGGGUGUCCAAGGCAAGACACGACAGUCUUAAAAGCGAUACAAGCGUCGAAUCGGAAUCGGACUCCGUUGUAUCGGUGAUCUACCGUUCGAAGGCUUCGGGAGGUAGUGGGGGUGGCAACAGUGGUGGGGGCGGUCUCAGCGACAACAGUAUUGACAGUGAAGAGAGCAUUGUAUCGGUCAUUCACCGAUCGACCGAAGAUACGCCGCGCGCCGGAUCUGCCAAUGGAAACCACGGCAGCAACAGCAAUCGAAGCUGGCAGGCCUCACCGCUAACCAUCUCGCAGACGGGCAGCCAUGAGGGAUCGUUUAGCUCGCCGGAGUAUUCGCCAACCCUAAAGAGCGCUCCACCUAAAACUGAGAAGGUGUCCUGCAAAUUGUGGGAGACUUGUUUGACUGAAGUUGACGAUGAGCACGCAUCCGACGCACGUAGUGUUUCACCUCAACCGCCAAGCGUAUCGGCCUCUGCUCUGCCUUCAACAUCAGAGCCCACCAACGAAAGCACCAGCAUUGAUCAAGACAGACAAGGCGACGUUGACAGUGAAAACAUCGACAGACAAACUGAAGAUAUCGAAGAGAUGAGUCCAGAUACGGCUGAGAUGCUUAUGGAACUAGAACGAGAGAAAGAGAACUCCCCGUUACUGACGCCGUCUUCAUCAUCGGAUGAUGCACCCUAUAUGUCCGACGAGGAGGUGCAGUGCGAGGAUAUACCCGAGAGCUUUGAACUAGAGAGCACCGAAGCAUUGACAGCCAUCAACGCACCGAUCGACCUCAGUCGGCUUCAGCCUCCUUCAUCCAGGCGGAUGUGCUCACCGGUAGAUCCUCUUGAACUGGAGGAUGACGUACUGGAGUCGAUUCCCGAGGAAGACGAAUCAUGCAGUCCUAUAAAGUCUCCACGAAGUAAACAAGAAGACGGUACCCACUUCCCGAUGCCGGCACCUGAACAUUAUCAGAGUCAUAAUCAUCAACAACUGCUACUGCCGCAAAAGUCACAGCCCAUUAGAUCCAAUCGCGUGGUGACUUCGGCGGCUGAUACUGACCCGAUUUCUACAACAGUCGCCACCACUACACUAGAAACUGUAAUUGCAACGCCUGCGGCAGCCUCUUUGUCCCAGCGGAUACUGGCCUCGUCUAAUAUUCUGUUAAGGUCGACGCCGAUGCUACAUGUGAUGUCGAUAGACGCAACUGUCACAACUGCUUCUGUACCAGCUGAGAAGGCAUGUAAAUCAUACAGAAGAGGCCACUCGGGGUCGAAUCGAAGCUCCGGCUUGGCGCAGCCAGCUGAACUUCGGCAUCAUUUGCAAUUACUAGCUACCUCAACCAGCAGUGCUGUCCCCGGCGGAGAUUGUGAUGAUAGAAUUACGGCUGCUCGUCCACAGGAGAAGUCACCGACAAACAAAAGCAGCACAUUAGCGGCGAGUCGGAACCUAAAAAAGGUGCUGGCUGACACAGAAAAAGCAGUAGUAACUUUGCAUUCAAACGUACCUGAGCAGAAGUCGAGUGCCAAUAGUUCUUCUACCACUACUAGUUCUUGUGUGGAUGUGUGCGGCAUGACGGUGGGGUCCACAGGAGGCAGUGGUCCAAUAAACAGCAGCAGCAGCAGCAACAGUUCUGGAAGCUCUCCGUUGAAGCCGUUCUGUGGUCUGCCAAGUCGCUUUCAGCAGGGCGAUAGCAACCGCCGUGCCAGUGACGUAGGCCCUCAAAGUAAAUGCCCUAAAGAAAGGGCCCAAUUUUCUCCCCAAUACUCGUUACCUGAACAGAAAAAGUUUCAAAAGGAAUUAACGGCCUCGUGCGAACAGCUAUUUAGGCGACGGCUUUCCCCGCAGAGACAGCAGGAGAUCCGCAGCGACCCCCUGAACGAGCUGCUUCGUGGCUCAACCAAGUCGGUCGCGGGAAAGCCGACUCUACCGGAGCCAGCAUUAGUCGGCUUGCAACAACAGCCACUGCCUCAGCAAUGGGACGAUCCUCGUAGUCGUGGUGGGAGUAUCUCGGUGUCACCAGAGCCCCUUGGCCUCUCGGUUUCUCGCCGGCGCACACCCGAGCUGCGAACGUCCCCACUUGAGAUGCUGGCUCAAGAGCUUCGGUCGAGUUCCGAUGACCUAUACCGAAGAGCUGCCGCCUCCACCGAUCACAGCCAGCUGGCCAUUGACAUUAGUCAACUGGUCGUCGAUCCGUCGAAUCCGGCGCUUCUGGAACGACGUAGUUCCCUUCGAACGUCGCCUGAUCCUCGCUUCGAAGAUGCGACGGAGGACGCCGUAAAGAGCGUACAACAUGGUGACAAAUGCAACUAUUGGGAAAAAUGGCUGCCCGAGGCGCUCUCGCGUAUCUACGCCGGCACAACCAAACACGACUGUGAUGAAGUCUGCGAUCAACUAAGCGAGCUACCUGAAGUCAUUCCACAGACUACACGGCAUAUCGGAGGCAGAAUUUCCGCAGAAGGUGGUAUUCUGUACUCGGAUCGAAACUCGCCCAUCGACAUCUGCAUAGAUCAAGAACACUUGUUCCUCACCGGAUGUCCCCAAGCGACACCGCCCACAUCACCUGAGCAAUUCUCCGACGCGGACGAGUCCACUGCGUCAACAACUGAUCAGGAAAUUUCAGAUCUCAGCUCAAGUCUUGAACGCCUGCGCGUAUCAAAUGGACUACAACCUGAAAUCACCUCUGCACAACACCCUAAUCUCAACAUAGUAAUCGAGGAUUUCUCUGAUCAGGGCGGAUCGGACGCCGAAAUCUCUGAAGCAUGCUCAUCCAAUGCAGCCAAUAGCAAUGUAAAUCAACUCUACGUGCAGGAGAGACAAGGAGGAUCGAGCUCGCUGUCGGAUCACUCGGACCGAUCUUCAGCGAGCAUACAAACCGUCUUCAAGUUAGAUACUCCGUCAAAGGAAGCGUCGCCUGGAAUGUCCCUGGAUCUGCCCAGCGGCGAAAUGGACGUGGUGAUGAACCCGCUUCCCGGUGGAGACGACGCCGACGCACAGCAAGAAAAACUCAGCCUCACAUCUAGCUCAAGUGAAGAUUCGAGCGAUGAGAAUUUUGGAGAUAGCUGCUGUGCCACUAUGACAGGACAUUCAGCAGAAACUUACCAUCGUUACUACCACGUGUUCAGACAAGGUGAGCUGGACUCCCUCAUCGAAAAGUACGUGCAUAGUCUACACAUCUUGAGGUCUUAUUACGACCAUAGUAACUGGUGUAUCGUCGCUGAACGUGUGCAGGUUUGGACCAUCUAGCAACGAAGGUAAAUAGCGAAAUG